CAUUCUCAGCCCUGAGAUAACCAUGUGCUUAAAUGGUAUACAAGACAAAUCUUUGCUGAAUGUAAACAAACUGUGUAAUUAUUAUACUCGCUUUUAAUAAAUGUUAAUAAAUUUUUGUUGUGGACACUGUCACUUCGUCUAAAAUCAACAAAAAUUUUAACGGUAUAGUGAUGUUAAGAAAUUUUCAAGAAAAACUUGUCAUCGAGCCUCAAUUUGAAACGUAUUCCUAACUAAAGAAUACGAUUCUAAACGUUAUCAGUAUAUCUACAGUAGAAUUUGGAAAAAUUAAAAAGAUGCAUUCUUCACGUGAUAAAAAUGAUCACAGGACAACAAAAGAUUUCGAUGAUAAAGAUUAUAACCGCCAUCACAAAAAGCAUCGACAUAAAGCAGAGAGAGACAGACAAAAAUAUGAUAAUACGUAUACACGUGAAAAGGAUGAUGACAGUUUUUCUUUCACAAAAUAUCGACGAGAAUUAAACAGUUUACUUCGCGUAAAUGACAAUCUAAUAAACAAUAAUGAUGAUUUUUGGAAAUUUGUCCAAAAGUAUGAAUGUUUAGAAAAACAAAAGGAUGGAAAGUCUCAAACUUUUGAUUUGAAUACCUCGAAUAAAUUUGGACUCCCUUCUUCUUAUGACAUAAUACAUAGUUUUAAUUUUUCACUUGCUUGCGAGAAGCAAUUAUUUGACAGAGUUGGAAUGUCUAAUAGUUUAACAGAUGAGAGACUAGAGAAAUUUAAAAAUAUUAUUAUUAUGUACUUGGGUUUUAAGCAGAAAGAAAAAUUUUCAAAGCUUAAAAAGUUGAGAAAUGAUCAAGAAAAUUUGCCUGUUUUUAAGGAUCGACAGAAAAUUGUUGAUUCUGUAAAAAACGAAAGAGUUGUAAUAAUAGCAGGCGACACUGGAUGUGGUAAAUCAACUCAAAUUCCUCAAUACCUAGCUAUGAAUGGCUUUGUCAACGUAGCAUGUACACAGCCUCGCAGAAUUGCAUGUAUAUCCUUAGCAAAACGUGUUGCUUUUGAAACAUUGUCUGAAAAUUAUAACGAAGUGGGUUAUCAAAUUCGGUUUGAAAAGCAAAGGAAUCAACAAACGAAAAUCACCUUUAUAACUGAAGGAUUAUUGCUAAGACAGAUAUCAUCAGAAACAGGAGCAUCACAAUAUGAUGUCAUAGUUUUGGAUGAAAUCCAUGAACGUCACUUGUACGGAGAUUUCCUAUUGGGUAUUACAAAGUGCCUUAUUCACCAAAGGCCGGAACUGAAAUUAGUUUUGAUGUCUGCUACAAUUAAUAUACAACUUUUUCAUGAUUAUUUCACAAGAGAAAAUGUAAAGAUUAUUCAAGUUCCUGGCAGACUAUAUCCAAUACAACUGUUGUACAGACCUAUGAGUUCUGAAGAACGGACUUUUAAAAAUGAUCGAUUCAAUCCCAGUCCUUAUGUGCAAAUUCUGCAACUGAUUGAUCAAAAGUAUUCAAGUAAUGAAAAAGGAGAUUUACUCAUUUUUCUAAGUGGAAUGAGUGAAAUUACAGCUGUAGUUGAAGCAACUAAAGAAUACAGUUUACAAAAACAGAAUUGGAUUAUUUUGCCGUUACACAGUACUCUGUCUAUAUCAGAACAAGAUAAAGUUUUUGGAUAUUCGCCCGAUAAUGUUCGCAAAUGUAUAGUAUCUACAAAUAUUGCAGAAACAUCAAUUACAAUAGAUGGGAUUAGAUUUGUAGCAGACAGUGGCAAAGUCAAAGAAAUGAGUUAUGAUCCAUUAUGUAAAAUGCAACGAUUAAAGGAAUUCUGGAUUAGUAAAGCCAGUGCUGAACAAAGAAAAGGCAGAGCAGGCAGAACUGGACCUGGAGUUUGCUUUCGAUUGUAUUCCGAAGAAGAGUAUACAGCUUUAGAAAAAUUUUCAACUCCUGAGAUGCAAAGAGUUCCUCUUGAUUCUCUUCUUUUACAAAUGGUUGCAAUGGGAUUACCAGAUCCACGAAAGUUUCCGUUUAUAGAAUCUCCUCCUGCCAAAAGUAUAGAAAAUUCGAUUGUUUCAUUAAAGGAGCAAGAAGCUUUAACGGAAAACGAAAAAUUAACAAGUGUUGGAAGAACAUUAGCACGAUUACCUGUUGAUUUAUGUGUCGGAAAAAUGUUAAUCGUGGGAUCAAUUUUUCAUCAAGUUGAUCCAGUUCUAUCUCUUGCUGCUGCAUUAAGCGUUCAGAAUCCAUUUACUAAUAAAGCUUAUAGAGAUGUGGAAUGCGAGACUUCCAGGAAAACUUUAGAAUCUGAUCACGGCGAUCCCAUUACAAUUUUAAAUGCAUAUAGAGCUUGGUUAGAAAUCAAGGAAGAGAGCGGAAUGAGGCAAAAAUACGGAAACAAUAAAAGCAAAAUCUGGUGUAAAAGGCGAGGACUUGAAGAACAGAGAUUUUACGAAAUAACAAAGUUAAGGGCCCAAUUUAAAGAUUUACUUCAGGAUUGCAAUUUGCAAAAGAAUUUAUCAGAAAACACUAAUUUGACAAGUCAGGAAAGAGUUUUACGACAUGGAGAAUUAAAACUUUUGAAACAGAUAAAGCGAACUUAUAAGCAGAAUGAACCUAGAAAUCGCAAACAACUGAAAUUAGAUUCAUCUCACAUUGAAAUUGAAGACGAUUCCAAAGAAACGGAUGAAAUUGAUAUUAAAGAUGUCGAAUUUAGAAUGAAGAAUGACUUGUCACAGGUUCAAAAUUUAGUGACAGCAACAACAGCUUGUAGUUAUAAAGAUCUUACGAUGUUGAAGUUAAUUUUAUGUAGUGGUUUAUAUCCUCAAUUUGCAUGUGCAGAUGAAUAUAACUACUGCAAGUCGAUGAAUGAGCAACUUUAUCACACAAAAGUAAAGCCCUAUGUCGGUCUACAUCCAUUAAGCUUUUUUGGAAAUCAUCCACAAAUAUUGCAGCUUGAGGAGCCAGAUAUUAUAACAAUACCUGGAUUCAAAACUUCCUCGCCUGUUAGUGCAAAACAUCAGUUACUUGUAUAUUUGUCUCUUUUAGAAACUACCAAGCCAUAUCUUGUGAAUACGUUCAGAAUGCCCGCUGCUCAAACAUUGCUGCUUUUUUCUCGGGAAAUCGAAACGAAUUCAACGUUUUCAAUGAUUGUUUGUGAUUCUUGGCUAACUUUAGAAUUUCCUGUUGCUGAAACCGGUCAGUUGCUACUUUUAAAAGCCAAUAAAUUACGCCAACAAUGGGACUUUUUGCUGAACCAGAGUUUACAAGACUCUCCAACUAUUGGCGAUGAAUCGCAAAAUACUGAUGUAACCGAAACUAAAUUAGUAAAAGAGCUUGUGGAAUAUAUGCAUACUACUGUGCCGUAUACGAUAAAACGACUUCUUCCAGCAAGUUUGAAUUCUGUCUAUGUUGGCAAUGAAAAUAACAAUGAUAAUAUAGAUCCAAAUCCAUUCCAACCUGAUUUUCAAUGUGUUCCUAAUGAAAUCAAAGGUGGAUGUCGUUUAACAAACCGUAUAACAUACAACUGUUUAAUGGAAAAUGAUUGGAGUAACAAGAUGAUGGCUGAAAUGUGUGAAAAUAUUUGGAAGUGUUUGAAUUGCAGUGUAUCUGGUAUUUUCACAGUUAUGCAGAGAUUACAACAUCAAGUUGCAUGUACAAAGCAAGACAAAGCAGAAGACAGUAACAUUCCAAUCGUUCCUGAUAUUCAAAAAUCCAAUAAAAUUGUUUACCCGUGUCCACAAUGUAAUAAAACAUUUUACUUACGACCAAUUGAAAUAUUAAAGCAUAAGAAACAACAUUUGUAAUAAUAAAAUUUUCGAAACAAAAAAUAA